AUGUGCCGUGGCAGCUACACCGUUGGGGGCGGAGGCGCGGGCGGCGCCAAGUGGGCCAGCGGCACGGGCCGGCGCCGGGAGCGCCGCGGCGAGGGCGCCGGCUCCCGCAACCGCCGCGGCGCCCGAGCCAGCUCCAGGGAUGCGGGCCGCUGCGCCACGUGGGCGAAGGGCGAUCAGUCCCCCGCCGAGAAGGGGAGCCCACCCGAGGACCCGGUGGAUUGCCGCUUCGCCGGCUCCCGGAUGUUGAAGCGCGCCUACACCACCACCACGAACGAGGUGGUCGUCCGCGCCACCAGCUCCACCAGCCACCCAGAGGCCACGCCGACGUCCUCCUCCAGGCUCAGCAGCGGCAGCCACCCCGACCCGGGCUGCUGCUGCAGCUGGGGGCAGGUGCUCCAGGCGAUGCUGGGCAGGCGCAGCUCCCCGGGCGGCGGCGACCCGGACAGGCUCCUGGAAGGCGAUGGCUUCCCGCGUCGGCGGCGGAAGAAGCCAGGGAACCCGGACGGCACCGCGUCCGCGGGUCUGCUGAUGAGCAUUCCGUCCGAGGAGCCCGUGAUCUACAGGGAGGAGGUGCUCAGACGUCGGUAUCCUCGCCGAAAGAGUUGGCCCUCGUCCCAGGCGGAGACGAUGGGGAAAACGCCGCGCAUCGCCCGCACCAGCUCCAAGGACGCCGCGGUCAUGCUCGAGUCCCUCGCCUCGUUCCGGGGCGUCGAGGCCGGGCUCGACCGGAGGACCAGGAGAGACCGUCAGCUGUCCACGGUGUAUUCGGUGGUGGAGGACUCGAGCUCGAGCUCGGACGGCCGCUCGGACGACCCCCGCGCGGGCUCCGGCGAGGACGGCUGCGGAGGCCAUCGCGGCAGCGAGGAUGACUGCAACUUCCCCACGAUGUCCAGCAUUUGCAGCCGCACCACUUGCGAUGAGAGCGCUGGAAGUUGCGCUAGAAGACGGAAGGCGCCUGCUAAGAACGCAGGCUGCAGCUUUCCCUUCCUGCUCAGCUUCACGCGCGACACCGACCAGGCCACCGCGCGGGAGCCGCCGCCCUGCCGCUCGCCCGCCCGUCGCAAGCCCCACGACGGUGCGGACUUCCACAAUUCCCCGCAUUCGCACAUCCUGCACGCCAGCGUACUGGACCGUACUGGCGGCGUUCUCUCGGUCUUUGUGACAGGGGAGUCGUUUUACGACAACCCGUACGAGUAUUUCGAGCGGGCAGGCAGAGCCAUGCGCCAUGGAUGGCCCGACGCCCGCGCCCCGGCGUCCCCGGCCGCGAGCCAUGGCGCGCAGCCCGUGCCGGUGUCGCCCACUGCCGCCAGCGGCGUCGCGCAGCCCGCGCCAGUGAGCCCCACUGCCGCCGCCGGCGUCGCGCAGGCCGCGGCCUGGCCGUCCGCGCGCUCGGCCGCGGGGCCGCAGCCCGUGGUCACCGCGGUGGCGCCCCGGCGGCCGGCGGCCACCGUGGUCACCGCGGUGGCGCCCCGGUGGCCCGACGCCCGUGCCCCGGCGUCUCCCGUCGCUGCUCGCGGCGCGCCGCUCGUGCCCGUGGCGCCCACGGCCGCCGCCGGCGCCGCGCCGUCCGCGCCCUGGCCGGCCACGUGCUCGGCCGGCGGGCAGCAGCCCGUGGUGGCGCCCGCGCCCGCGCCCGGGCCCGCCGCCGCUGGUCUCUGGACAGCGGGGGCGUCGGGCCUCACCGCGGUGGUCCAGACGCCCGCGGCCGUCGUCCGCAGCGUGCGGCCCGCGUCCGCGCAGACGGCCGCCGGUCGUUGGACGCCGGGGCAGCCUGUCGUCGCUGCGGUGGUCCGCGGUGCGCCGGGGCCCGCCCGCCUCUCCGAGGCCCUUCGCUUGCCGCUCUCCCGCGUCACCCAGGCGCCCAGCAGCGCCAGGCCCGUGGCCGGGCCGCCCUGGCACGCGGCCGCCGACGGCGGGGCGCUUGGCGCCCCGCGCCCAUGCUCGCCAGCAGUGGCGCGCCCGCAGUCGCCAGCGGUGCUCGGCGCGACCGCGGCCAGGCCGAGGACGCCCGAGCCGCCCGGCGCCCAUGCGCCCACGACGGCAUCUCCCCUGCUCCGCCAGGCCGCGCCCGAGGGCGCGUGGGACCACGCUGCGCGCCUGCUCCGCGACGGCGAGAGUACCGGGGCGCUGAGCCCAGAGCUGACGUCCGUGAGGACGCUGAGCCCAGAGGCCGUGCGGACACUGAGCCCACAGACCAGGCCGCCCAGCUCUACGGCCGCCGUGGACGCGGCGCCCGAGCAGGCCGCCGAGCUGGCGCCCGCCGCACCGCCCCCGCUCCGCCAGGCAGCGCCCGAGGCCCUCCGCGCCCGCGCCGCGCACCUGAUCCGCGAUGCGGACUGCUCCGGGGCGCUGAAGCCAGCUCUGACGGCCGUGCGCGCCUGCUCGGAGACCAGCCCGCCGGGCCUCGCAGCUGCCGCCGGCGGGGUGCCCGGGCAGCCCGGCGCCCUGGCGCCCGCGGCGCACGCCCCGCUCCGCGAGGCAGCGCCCGAGAGUCUGCGCGCCCGCGCUGCGCACCUGAUCCGCGAUGCGGGGCGCACCGGGGCGCUUCGUCGGGCGUUGACGGCCGCGAGGGGCAACUUCGCAGAGGGCAGGGCUGGUGCCCUCUGGCCCCCGGGACUCCAGCACGCACCUUGUGAUCCGGAGCAGCGCGACGAGAAGUGCAGAGCUGACGCUGUCACGGUGCCGUCCCCGUCCAAGGCGGCUGGGAGUUCGUGUCUCGUGAUUCGCGCCAUGGGCGACGCAUGUGCGAAGUUGUGCCACAGGGACGUCGCCGUGGCCGUACCGCCGGGACCGCCUACCGCCACAGCUCAGUUCACCGAUCGAUUUCAGUCUCAGGUCUGGUCCACAGAGAAGUUUCCGCUUGUGCAAGGCGGGGCAGGCGGAGAACAUCGAGGAAAUUGUGCUUGA